GUUUUAUGGAGUUCUUUGUACGUUAUGGAGUAUUUUAAUAAGUUUCGAGCUACUGUUACACAAGUAGCAGCACAGGUUACUAAUGCCCUUCCGGGAAAUCCGCUAUUGCGAGAAUAUGAAAUCGGAGGCCAAAUUUGCAGUGCUGGUCCUGGAUUUUAUUGGAAAGUCUUUAAAGGAGUGAAGAAGUCUACGAAAAAGGUGGUUUCCAUAUGGCUUCUUGAUAAGAAAGAUAUCGAUCGAUGGCCGAAGGACGAUCGUGAAUUAUUUCUAUCACUUAUUAAACAUGGUGUAUCACAACUGACAAGGCUUCGACAUCCACGGCUGCUCGUUGUUGAGCAUCCUAUAGAGGAAUCACGUCGUCGUGAACAUGUGUCAUUGCCUAUUAGCGCACCUCCGAGCGAUAUCACAUUCUCCGAUGUUGAGAUCAAACAUGGUCUUUUACAGUUAGGAGAAGCGCUUUCCUUCUUGCACAUUGACGCUGGAAUACUGCACAGAAAUGUGACUCCUGAAUCUGUAGUCGUAAAUGAUAGGGGUGCUUGGAAACUUGCAGGUUUUGAGUUUUCCGUCCAAGGCAGAGCUGUUUCAUCAGGAAAGUUUACUUACGAAACGUUUAGCUGGAGUAGUCGUUUACCAGCGAUUUCGCAACCCAAUCUGGAUUACCUUGCUCCGGAAUACGUAGUCGGCAGUGGAUGUGAUUCUUUUUCUGACAUAUACAGUCUGGGAGUUCUAUCGUUUGUUGUGUACAAUGAGUGUCGGCCACCGUUCGAACACAAGAAUGAUCUCGCUAUCUUCAAAAAGAACGUCGAGAAGUUGGACAGUUUUCAAGUGCGUACUGAACGUAUACCGCCAAUUCUCCUCAAUGAUUUGAAGGUGUGCCUAAAAUGUUUGCCGAAUCUUCGUCCAGAUGCCAUACAGUUCACAAAAUUUGCUUAUUUCAACGAUCCACUUGUAAAAACUCUGAAUUUAUUCGAGUCUUUGAUUCAAAUGGAAAGUAGUCGAAAGAUACACUUUUUCAAAUCACUUCCAGGAGUUUUGGUCAGGUUUGAAAAGCGUGUGCUGCUGCAGAAGGUCCUGCCAUAUUUGUCUUGCGAAUUCAGUACUCCAGACUUAAUACCAUUUAUAUUACCUAGUAUUUUCCUGAUUAUAGAACAGGUCACUAAGCAGGAAUUUUCAACUGAAAUACUCCCUAAAAUCACGCCUUUAUUUUCUAUGGGCAGACCAUACCAGAUUGCUUUAUUACUUUUGCAAAAAAUGGAGUUACUGUUGGAGAAAGCGUCAGAGGAGCAUGUGAAGUGCUACGUUCUACCCCUUGUGUAUAAUGCUUUAUCUAGUGAAACGAUGAGAAUUCGGGAAUUAUGCAUAUCCAUUGUGCCAAAUAUUAGUAAAUUGGUUGAUAGAAACUCGAUGAAAACGGAGCUGUUACCCAAACUCUUACAAUUGGCCAUAGAUGGAAGUAUGCUUGCUGUAAGUUAUUUAUUCAGUUUCCUUUCUGCUUUCUUCUCUUUCUGGGUGAUAAUUUGCUUUUGCGGAUGUCAAUUGGUGAAUAGAAGUGUUCUGCUCAUGAGAAUGUAUGUGCAUUAA